CGUCUCCUGACCAGUAGGAGGCGCCCAAACACACUCGUCUGUGUUUAUCACGCUUUACAUGUUAAAGAUGGCCGAGGUUGAUAAUGAUGGGGAGCAGAAAACAACAGACAAAGAUGACUUGCAAGUGUUAAAGGAGCUGGUAGAUGAUCUUUACUCCUUUAGGGACCGUUACUUUGAGACGCACAGUGUUGAAGAUGCUGGUAGGAAACAGAAUGAUGUUGCUCAAGAGAUGGCAAAGACAUUUAUGAGACUGGAAGAAAAAGAAGACUUGUACAAACACAGCGCCCAGUUCCUGCUGCAACGGGGUCGGUGUCUGAACGUCGCUUCGGGGUUCAGUCAGACUGCAGAGGAGUGUCUGUCCCGGGCUGUUAAACUGGAACCAGGUUUGGUUGAGGGCUGGAACACACUGGGAGAGCAGUACUGGAAAAAAGGAGACCUGACAGCGGCCAAGACCUGCUUCACAGGUGCACUACAGCAGAGUAAGAAUAAAGUGUCUCUGAGAAGCCUGUCUAUGGUGCUGCGACAGCUGCCACCGGAAGAAGACGCACAGCAGCAGAGCAAACGCAUUCUGGAGAGCGUGGAGCUGGCCAGGCAGGCCGUGCAACUCGAUGUCACUGAUGGGACUUCGUGGUAUAUUUUAGGAAACGCGUACAUCUCCAUGUUUUUUACCCGUGGACAAAACCCACAGCUCUCUCAACAAGCCCUCAGUGCCUAUGCACAGGCUGAGAAAAUCGACAAAGCAUCCUCAAUGAAUCCUGACCUCCACUUCAACAGAGCUACGUUGUUCCAGUAUGAGGAGAUGUACAGUUCAGCUCUGGAUGGAUACAGCCGUGCUGCAGCUCUGGAUCCUGGCUGGGAAGACACUCGGGAGAGAGAAAAACAGCUGCUGAAUUACCUAGACCAGGUUACAACGUUAUUAGAGAAUAAGGGAAAAGUAAAAGCGCGGCGUCUUCGUAACAUGCUCUCCUCACUCAGUACCUCCGCUUUGGGCCCAUGCUCCUCCCCUCAAUUCCGGUCUCCCUCGGGCCACGUGGGGAGCCUUGAACCCCGCAGCUUAUCCUCUCUCACUCACGGCCAUAACGGUGGGGUGGCAGCGCUAGGAAAAGUGGUCUUCAGCCUGGCCUCGGAGGGCCGUAUGGCCUUCACAUUUGGGAUGGUGGACAGUGAUGAGACCUGUUGUGUAGUCAUGGUGUAUAAUACAGCAGACAGCUGGGGUGUUUUAAUAGGGGAUACUGUAGUCAUUCCUGAACCACAGGUUAAACGGCACAGUGUAACACAUAAAGAUAAGUCAUAUGACUUCCGAAGUAUACGUGUGGACUCUCCCUUGCUCCUUAUAGUCAAUGGGAAAAGACAGGUGACGAAAAGCCAAAGUGCAGCCUUUGUUACUUACAAACCACAAAGUGAAUGAAACCCAGAGAGAGGACAUACAGUGAGAACAUUGAGAUCAAUGAGGAUAGUGUUUUUCCAUUUUGUAUAUAUUUUGUUCUGUUCCUGUUUGUGAGGACAGAAAAACUCUUUGUACAUGUUUUUUCCAAAUAAUUUCCCUUUUUUAAUUUUC